AUGAAGCAAGUAGCAAAGGACAUAGUUUCGUCGAACUUACUAAGGCAAAAGAAGAAAUCCAAGUCAUUGAUUGAGCUAGCAAAGCCUGGUACCGUAUCUCCUUUGGCAUCGAAGUCUUCCCCAGAAUUGUCUGGAUCGAGGCCGACAUUUAGAGGAAGUCUCCUUGCAGAACUAAGCAGAAGGGUGAGCAGGAUGAAGCAAGUAGCAAAGGACAUAGUUUCGUCGAACUUACUAAGGCAAAAGAAGAAAUCCAAGUCAUUGAUUGAGCUAGCAAAGCCUGGUACCGUAUCUCCUUUGGCAUCGAAGUCUUCCCCAGAAUUGUCUGUACAAAUGUUGGCCAGUGGGUUUAAUCGUAAGUCUUUACUCAUGCCUGAAUUGAUUUCUCAUCCCUGGUGGAUAGCUAGAGGUUUUUUUGCUACAACUAAACUGUCCUCUUAA